GUAUCUACCCUGGGUGGUUUGAUAAGCACAAAUCUCUCGUCGAGUAUGGGCUCGCUCGAUUUCCCAAAGAGGAUCACGUAGACAUCGUCGAACCACUGGCCAUCAUGAGCAUUAUUCGCUACUUUGAGUCCAAAGGCAAGACUCUCAUCGGCCAAAUCUUUGCUCACCUUCAAGAUAAUCAGGGCCCGGCAUUCGAAGAGGUCGUGCUUUGGGCGAUGACAAGACUCCUUCAAAAUCAAUUUAAAUUGAAGGACAUUCUUGAAUUCCAAGAUCCAGUUCCACAAUGGGCUCAUUGCACUGCACAAAUCAUCGUCAGAUCUCCUAGUGGGUUCGUGGACUUCGAUAUCAUCAACGAACAGCUCAUAUCGCCAGGAACUGGUAUCGCCUUCAGUGGAAAAAAUGUUGACCAGGUCAAAUUUUGGCUAGAGGAGGGUGAGGCAGGCUGGCCAAGUGUCACCUCUCAGGGAAUGUUGAGACACUCACUGGGGAUGUCACUGGUGAUGCAAUCCACUCACUCAUUCCUCACAGGUGGUAUCGCUCAACUGUCUGUUCAAGGAAAAGAGGCUACACGGCGAAAUAAGCAGAACAAAAUCAACUUGAUGCUCGAUGCGAUUGACACGGAGGAUCAACCUUCUACCACCAAGAGACAAUAUCCUAUUUUACGUAUCAUUGCAUCGUUUCCACUUGUCGCUAAUUUUGACUCGAGAGCUAAGAAAGUUCGGGAUGCAUUGAAGGAAGAUUCUCACCCUCUGUCUCUAUUAUCCACAAGCGCCUUGACCUCUGUGCUUGCCACCAUCCCUGAAGGUGUGGAUAUGGCUGAACAGCUAAGAGAUACGCUCAAGAGGAUGAGAGAGGAAGACAAGGAAGAUAUACAAGGGCGUCCUCUAAAGAAGCGUAAAUAG